GCUGGUUUCGAUUGCUUCCGCGAACCAAGACAAUCAUCUAUUCGUACUGCACCAACCCUUCGAGGCCCCGCUGUGCCCGCCCGUUUCCCUGCAAAGCCCCGAUUGAGAGGAAGCCUCGACAUCGCCAGGGAUUUGCGUCCGACCCGCCUCCGCCUCGUGGACCCCCCACCGGCACUUUGCGAAUGGAGAGCUAGUUAUGGCCCAUGCUCCCCUACUUCGCAUGAACACGGGCCCCCCAACCGCAGCCAUGGACAUCGUCGACAGAUUGAACAUGAGCAUGCCGAGCGCACCGCGCGCUAGCCAGCUCUCUGGCUCAGCAUUCCCCUCCACCAACUCAUCCACCUCUCUAAACUCGUUAUCCACCGCCGCAACCGCUCCAGCGUCAUCGAAUGGCCCGGUAAUGGCCACUUCCAACAUCAUCAACCAGAGGGCCGAUGCCUCUCGUUCCCUCUACCAGAUAUGCGUCUCCUUGAAGCAAAGAUUGGCCAAGGUGCCUGGUUUCGAAAGAUACAUGGAGCAGCUUGAGCAGAUGGCCGCAGACCCCGAUGAGGGUGGUCCUGUCGAAUCGCUGUGGAAGUUACUGCGAACCGGGUAUCCGCUGCUAGCCAUUUAUAAUGCCUUGCAGCCCGAGACGCCCCUGCAGGUUCAGGAACCCGCGGGGGCGUCCGAAGAGAAGUUGUCCAAGAUCGCUAUCCUCAGAUUCGUCGAAGCCUGCAAAUCGAAGCUCAAGCUCCCGACCACCGAGGUCUUCAUCAUUACCGAUCUUACCAGGAACGACACGACAGGAUUUGUAAAGGUUACGUCCGUCAUCAACCAUGUUCUCGACCUCGCUGAACAGAAGGGGUUGCUGCUUCAGGUGCAGCCGUAUCCCGAAAAUGACCAGAUGCAGCCGGGCUCCCAAAUGAGUUAUCGAGACUACGUUGUCCGCGAGCUGGUAGAUACCGAGCGGAAAUACGUUCAAGACCUGGAGAAUUUGCACGAUCUGAAGAAGACAUUGGAACAGAACGGCAUUAUUCCUGGAGACGCCGUGCACAACAUCUUUCUUAACAUCAACGCAAUUCUCGAUUGCCAGCGCAAGUUCCUGAUCAGGGUUGAGACGACGAACUCGAUGCCCCCGUCAAGACAGGAAUGGGGCGCGCCGUUUGUUGCAUACGAGGAAACAUUCAACAUGUGUUACCAGCCCUUCAUUGCAAACCAGCGCAAGGCUGCCCAACUUGCUAGCCAGGUAUUUGAGACGAUUCAGACCGCCGGUCACCCGGUCGCUUGCGACUUCAACACUCUCGACGGGUUCCUCCUGAAGCCCAUGCAGCGUCUGGUGAAAUACCCGCUUCUUCUGAAGGAUUUACUCAAGAAGAGUGACGAUGAAGCGACCAAGGCCGACCUCACAGCGGGUAUCGAGGCCGCUGAGCGGGUAUUGCAGAGGGCCAAUGAAGCCGUGGACCGCGAUCUGCUAGACGAAGCGUUGGAAGACCUGAUCGCCAGAGUCGAAGACUGGAAAAAGCACCGAGUCGAUCAAUUUGGCAAGCUUUUACUCCAUGGUGUAUACACGGUCGUAACCGGCAAGGGCGACCAAGAGAAGGAUUACGAGAUAUAUCUCUUCCAAUGUAUCUUGCUGUGUUGCAAGGAAGUGGUGCCGGCUAAUCGCAAGGAUAAGAAGGAUAAGACAAAGCCAGCAGGGCCCAAAGUGCGCAACAAGAACGCCAAAUUGCAACUGAAAGGUCGUAUCUUCAUGACCAACGUCACCGAUGUGGUAGCUAUGUCCAAGACUGGCUCAUACACGGUGCAAAUUUGGUGGAAAGGGGACCCCGGCGUGGAGAACUUUAUGAUCAAGUUCCAGAACGAGGAGACGAUGAAAAAGUGGGCGGCCGGUCUUGACCAGCAGCGGAAAGAGAACGCUCCUCAAAACCAAACCAGUCCUGAUAAGCCGCCACCGAAUUUUCCAUGGUUAGAGACACAAGGCACCGGCUUGGAGAACCCUUACGCCGAACCGGACGACGACGAUGACGAUGACGACGCUCUCAGCGGAACUACCCUCCAAUCAACGCCAGCCACCUCUCUGUAUAACGCGCCGGUGGCAAUGCCAGGGACAAUGCAGCGCAAUGCUUCUAGCACAAGCACGCGACAGCGCUCCGGCACAAUCGAGAGCACGCAUUCUUUGGCGGGCAUUGCUCGGGCACCGCCGCCUGGACGGGUCCCGAUCAACCCAACCGCAGCCCUCAGCGUACAGACUCAAACUCAAGCCUCACCACUACCGCGCGUAGCCGAGUCCUACUUCUCGCCCGUGGCAGAGUCUCCAGCAUCCAGUCGGACCAGCACAACAAGCGGUAUCUUCCCCGGCUCAUCAUAUCCCUUUCCCAAGACUGGCACUCCUCAACCUUGGGCGCCAGAUGAUAGCAAUCGAUAUACCGCCCCGGCACUGCCCCGGGCGCCUUCCAGGGAUGGGCCAUCUCCGGUUAAUGCGUACGGCAUGGUGACGGCCAACGGGCGUGGCCCGCGAGGACCGUCGAUGCCCGUAAUGCCUCGUGAUUCCGCGCAAUCGGCCCAAUUCCAACAGCAAAGAAGCCGAAGCUACAGCACACCCGAUAUCAACGGGCAAGCUACGCGCAGUGGCCAGUCCGUCCCGGCGGUUCCUGGAAUUCCACCCCAUCUCCACCAAAACCAUCCCGCACACCCAACCCAUGUUCGGCACGAUUCCAACAUCCCUCGGAGCAACACGGGCAGUCCGGCCAAUGACCUCCCUCUACGGACCAACACAAGCUCACCCGGUACACAACGUGCCAAGCAAUACGGCGGCACCAUGGCGCAGUUCCCUACUCAGCCCAUCUACUCGCGGCAAGGGACGCCUGCCAGCGUAACCAAUCUCCCUCCACCUGGCCCUCCGCCGCCAGGUCUCGCACCUCUUGCCCCCGUCGACCCGUCGAGGACGGUAACUCCGGGCCUCGGGACUGCGCCGCUCACAUCAACCAUGGUACCUCCCACCCCUGACAUUGGUAUGCCGAACCAGCUCAAAGUAAAAGUCAACUACGAAACGGGCAACUACUUCACUCUCGUCGCACAAUAUAACAUCACAUACCAGAGCCUCAUCGACCGAAUCGAUGUCAAGCUCGCUCGGCUUACCAACAGUAGCAUUGCUAGGGGUGAUCUCAAGCUUCGGUACCGGGACGAGGAUGGCGACUUUGUGACAAUCGAAAGUGACGACGACAUCCAGAUUGCCAUCUCUGAGUGGCGAGAGGGCAUGCGCAAUGCACAGGGCCUCGGAGAGAUUGAGCUCUUCUGCGUCGGCGACUUGAACUGAGGCUGCAUGCGUGCUGUGUCAAGGCGGGAAACAAGAACGAUUAAUCGCUUAGACGGUUCUAGAACCCAAAGUCCUUCAGCCUUCCAGCUUAUUGCAUCAGCAUACAUCUCCUCCCCUUACAGCUGCCGGCCUCGUGCUCCGCUGUAUGGGGCAACGAAAUAAGUUACUUUCUUCUCUCUUCCAUCGACAACUAGUAACUGGAUACCCUCCCCUAAUGUACCUGCCGAAUUGCUAUACCCUGCACCACGAUCCCGAACCUUACAUUCCUUCGUCCAUUUCCUUUUCCGCUUUCCGGACGAGCAUUCUCCAUAGAAGCCGGCGCAUCUCACUCUACACCAUUGAAUCCAAUUUCUUUCCAAUCCGCAUCAUCUUUUACCCCAAUCAAUCUACCGCUGGGCAAGCUCGCCUCAUACCCCU